UAGAAGCGGAGCUGCAUCAUCUAUUCUUAUCGUUUCAAAUUAUUGGUUUCGAGUCUACCACCAGCGUUAACUCCGCCUCGCCUCGCCGCACCGCCGCCGCCGUCGCCGCAAGUGGACACGGCUUAGAUCACUCCCGGACCCUUCAUCUGAUACUUGUGCUUAUAAUAUCGCUCCCCCAAGUCAAGCUUCUUUCCUCCCUCCCCCAAGGAGUAUUUUUUCUACCCUGUCUGCUCUUCCAUUUCUCACUCUCGCCCUGUUUUACAAGGUUAUGUCCCCGGAAAGCCUCGACGCUGCUGCUUUGAUGGGAGAUUCGCCGUCUCUCCCUCUCCGUCUGCUUUUUCUUCGUUUGGGCUCCGGGCCCCUCCGGCUCGUGACUGGAAUCUGAUCCCUCUUUCUCCCUCCCCCUCGAAAUUGUCUCGUGCUCGCCUUCCGUUGUUUACUUGUUUAUUCUUCUCCGAUUCUAUCUUGAUUUCUCCCCCCUCCCACGAUGUUUCGAGUCGGCUCAUGGCUGUACGGCAAGAAGCCGGGCGCCAAUGCCUCCACCCAGUCUUUGGACUCUUUGUCCGAACUACGGGAUCUUGAGGAUGCCAUGAGGGCCGCUACAUUGAUCCUCAAUGACGACGUGGACGGUGCUGAGGAUGGCCUCUCGGAAGGCACUUCCUCCUUUCACAAUCUCGGAAGAGGUGUGGUCGCUUUCAUCCGUGCCACCUUGGGCUUUGAACAGGAGAUCAUGCGUCAAGCGUCGGAGCGACUCAAUGCCGCCGAAACCAGUGCCGCCAAUGAUCAACAUCGAGCGCAGCACAACUCCAAUGCGCCCAAUUCGUACCACUCCCAGAUCUAUGCGCCCGGGACAGAAUUCGCUCUCUGCCAGGCGAUGGCGCAGCUCAUGAGUGCCGUUGUCGGGGUUCUGAAUGAGAGUCUGACGGAGAGUAUCAAAGGGUUCUACCGACUACGCAAGGCCUACAUCACGUUGGAUGCCAUUCUGAAGAUGGAGCAGAAGUUCAUCAUGCAGGAGCGGAGCUCUGGAAAUAGCACUCCCACGGAGCGAAACAGCUCUUCGACCAAACUUCCAGGGCCCAGUGUCACGACCAGCACGGCUCCUGCAUCGCCUGUGGACGCCGCCGGGCUUGCGAAGCAACUGACCGGUCUGACGGUCACGGGCAGCACUGAGACCUUGACCACCACCUCGGAUAUGCUGGACCAGGAUCCGGAGUCUGACAUUUUCAAGAACCAGAUCGACGUGUUCAUCCACUCGGGCGCUAACUUCUGUUUCGGCAUCCUUCUGGUCCUGAUCUCCAUGGUCCCGCCCGUGUUCAGUAAAUUGCUCGGGAUCAUCGGGUUUCACGGAGACAAGGAGCGCGGGCUCAAGAUGUUGUGGCAGGCGAGCAAGUUUCACAAUCUGAUCGGAGCCCUCUCCGCAUUCGCAAUUCUCGGCUACUCCAACGGGUUCGUCCGCUACUGCGACAUCAUGCCCGACCCCGCCUCGCCGGACGACGUGCAAGGCUACCCGCAAGAGCGCCUCGAGGCUCUGUUGGCAUUGAUGAGGGAACGGUUCCCUAAAAGUCAGCUGUGGCUACUGGAAGAGUCGCGCAUGAAUGGCGCCAACCGCAAGCUGGACGUUGCCUUGGAGCUUCUGUGCGGAAAGGACCGCAGUCCCCUCAAGCAGGUCGAGGCACUGCGAAUAUUCGAACGCAGUCUGAAUGCGAUGUAUCUCCACAGAUACGAGUUGUGUGCCGAGUCUUUUAUCGAGGUAGGUUAUCUUCCGAGCAACCUGAAACUAUAACCACUGACUGACCUUGUUAGUGCGUGGAUCUCAACUCGUGGUCUCGCUCGCUCUACUACUACAUUGCGGGCGCCUCGCAUCUGAGCCUGUAUCGGGGUCUAUCAACGACUGAUCCCACCGCCGCGGCCGAGCACGC